AUGUCUGUUGAAGAAAAACAGGCGAGAUCUGUCUUUGUUGGAAAUAUUCCUCAUGGUACAACCGAAGAUCAAAUGAAAGAAAUAUUUUCUGUCAUUGGACCGGUAUUAAGUUUUCGAAUUGUAUAUGAUCGUGAAACAGGAAAUCCAAAAGGUUAUGGAUUCGCUGAGUAUCAAGAUAUUGAUAUGGCUCAAAGUGCAAUCAGAAAUCUGAAUGGUUUCGAGUUUGGUGGACGAACAUUACGCGUUGAUAAAGCAUCAUCUCAAGCCGAUGAAUUGAGGCUUUUACAUCAACAAACAGGCGGUCCACCAUUUGAGAGUGCUUAUGGAGCAAACGUAUCACCGGAAAAAGUUCCAGAAGUUAUUGCACGCACAAUAGCUAAUUUACCUCCCGAACAAGUUGUUGAUUUAAUGAAACAUAUGCAAAUAAUAAUUAAAGAAUAUUCGAGCGACGCACGAAAUAUUCUCAUACAAAAUCCACAAUUAACAUAUGCGAUGUUGCAAGCAAUGGUUAUCAUGGGCUUGAUACAACCAAGCGAAGCGAUUAAUAUGCUUCACAAACGACCAGAUGUACCGCAAAUAUUACCAAUUAUUCCAAAUCAAUCAAUAACGCCUAUUGGACUUUUGGUUCCUAACACUUUACAAUCGAUGCAUAUCCGUCCUUCUUUACCUGUUCCAAAUCCAACUUUAUCACAAUCAACAUCUCGUACACCCUUCACAACGCCUCCGCCCGUGAUUCCACCUCCAUUACCGCCACCGCCACCAUUCACAUUCAAUCAACCACCGAUUCCACCUAUAGGAUACCAAUCGCCUGUUAAUAUUCCAAUACCACCACCUCCCUUACCACAAUCACACGUCUCUCCUGGUGGUAGCGUUUCUAACAUGUCUCGAACAGAUCACGAAAAGGCACAUCUUCUCAUGCAAGUAUUACAAUUGAGUGAUGCACAAAUUGCUCAAUUGCCGCCCGAUCAACGUACGAGUAUCAUGUUAUUGAAAGAACAAAUAGCUAAAAGUGGACAUGGACCGCCAAUGUGA